AAAAGAAAAAAAAAAAGAGAAGAGAGAAAAUUGUGAAAAGAAAAAAAAAUUGUGAACAGAAAAAGAUAACGAUAAACAAGAAGACGAAUCGAUCGAUUGAAUUGUGUAAUUUGGCAAAACCCGAAUUCGAGCGAAAUCAUACGUUCGCGUAGGCCGGCGUACGGUGACAAAUGGAUAGCUGAGAGUCCACUUCGAUUCUACGCGAUCGCCGGUGCCACUUACGUGUACUUCCCAGCCUUCAGUUCUAUGCAGAUGGAAUUGAUAGACCGGAUAUUACCGCACACGAACUUUAGAUUCUCGAACAUGCAUCACGAUAUUGGAUUGUUCAGGCUUCGGAAACCCUUUUAUAUCAGCUCGCACGUGAGAUACGUCACUCUUCCCCUUGCCUAUGACGCAAACAUUUUCCAAAGGUAUACCGAUCCCUGCACUGCGGUUGGCUGGGGACGACACAUUCCUGAAUCCGAUAAGGGAGUCGGUACUUAUCUUCGAAGUGUUAAUUUACCAUUAAUCCCACCCGAAAGCUGUCCAGUCCCAGGUGUAGACGACAAGGUGCAUUUAUGCGCUGGCAUGCUAGAGGAAGGUGGACGAGACGCCUGUCAAGGUGACAGUGGCGGUCCACUUUUAUGCAACAACAAGCAAAUUGGCAUAAUAUCGUGGGGGAAAGGCUGUGCACGUCCUAAUUCACCAGGGGUAUACUCACGAGUCGAUUUAUAUCUGAGCUGGUUGAACGAAACUAUACUGAACAAUGCUGCGGUCGAAAUCGUUUUUACCGUGAUAAACAUUGUCGUUGUUCAAUUAAUAAUGCUCUUUGUACUG